CUUCAUUUCGUUGGGGAAUUCACGAACGCUUGCUGUACCAACAUGCCACGCUUCUUUCAAGGCCCUCGUUGCAAAAACACUUGCCACCUCGAUGGCAAGGUAGUUGUUAUUACAGGUGCAAAUACUGGCAUUGGCAAAGAGACUGCUCGUGAACUAAGCAAAAGAGGAGCUGAAGUGGUGCUCGCUUGCCGUGACUUGAACAAGGCCGCAGAAGCCGCAGAAGAGAUUUCCAAGGAAACUGGGAAUGUGGUGACUACCUUGAAAUUGGAUUUGGCUUCUAUGAAAUCUAUUCGGUCAGCAGCGGAAGAAUUGAUUGAGCGUCAUCCUGAAAUUCACAUCCUCAUCAACAAUGCCGGAAUUAUGACGUGCCCUCAAUGGAAAACGGACGAUGGUUUUGAGAUGCAAUUUGGAGUCAAUCAUUUAGGAUCUUUUCUAUGGACUCUUUUACUAUUAAACAACAUCAAACGAGCUGCACCUUCUCGAAUUGUCAAUCUAUCAUCUGUCGCGCAUACACGAGGAAAAAUGUAUUUCGACGAUUUAAUGUUGACGAAAAAUUACACUCCGAUACGGUCUUAUUGUCAAAGCAAGUUAGCCAAUGUCCUAUUUACGCAAGAACUGGCAAGACGAUUAGAAGGAAGUGGAGUCUCCGUCUUUGCCGUGCAUCCGGGUGCAGUCCAAACGGAAUUGGCACGACACAUCAACGAAUCGAUGAACGCUUGCGUGGAUGGCACUCUCCACUUUUUCGGUCGUUACUUUUUUAAAACGCCAGAAAUGGGAGCCCAAACUAGUGUUUAUUGCGCCACAGAGGAAUCUUUAACUGAGCUCAGCGGACAUUAUUUUAGUGACUGCGCCAAAACGAAACCAGCAAGUCAAGCCAACGAUAAAGAAGCAGCUGAACGCCUUUGGAAAAUGAGCGAAGAACUCGUUGGUUUCACUUGGGAACAGUCUAAUCAAAAAUAAGAAAAUUUUAUUUUGUUAAGUUUCAAUUAUUUGAAUUGUAAUAGUUAUAUAGUAUACAAUCAACAGUUUAAAAAUCAAAAGUCUUUCCCUUUUUUUUUUCAGGGCUCUAUAGUUUAUUAUACUAAGCCCGGCCUACAUUUUUCAUCUUCGCCCGUAAAUGAAACCGGUGGUUAGAUUACCGCAUUAACUAUAGGAUAAUAACGUUUACCAAUGGUAUCCGCUAUAGCUCCAUUCGGUACUAUGGUCACCGUUUACGCUUUGAUGAUUCAAAAUGAAAUUUUCAUUUUGAAUUGCAAUGUGUUAACAUGCUGUGGUUUUCUUCGAAAUGAAUUCAAAACGAGGGGCAUAUUUAUUCCUUGAAAAGCCAUAAAUUCAGAGUAAAAACGGUCGAGUUUCUGCAGCUUUCUCGCGUGCGACAUUUACACAAACAAUUUGUCAAACUUUCACCAGGUCUAUUGCGAUAACAGUUUACGUUUUGCCGCUUUUCGCUUGGUCCAUUCAUCGGUCGCCCGCUGAGAUAUCAUGACGACGAGAGAGCAAAAAGAGACACGAGUUUUUUAAAAUGAGUAAUGAGUACUUUUAUCGCAUUCUACCAUAUCGACCUCAAAAAUUUGUGAACCGUUCCGAUGAUUUAAUUUUACGGCAAUAGCAACUCUACCACAUGGACUUUUUUGUUUCAAUUCUCGAGAUACAACGCAGGUAUAGUUAACAGGUUCAAGCGUAAUUGUUUUAACUAGCGUUAUUUUAGGUAAUCAUUUAUUUUAUUUGAAAAUGAUCAGCAGCACUCACUGAUUACCACAUGCUUUUUUUUUCAAGCAACAUCAACUGUAACUGUGUUUUAUCUUAUAUCUUAAAGCUCAUCGUAUUAUCAUCUUAAUUAUAGUUUGUCCGCAUUCUUGAUCAUACAUUUUUUCUGUUAGCA